AUGGAUAGCGAUGCAGCAACAUUGAGGAGGCUGAUCGACCAGAGUAACCUGAAUAAGGACGCAGGGCACUCAGUUUCACAACCGCCAACAGCGGCUAGGGCACCGACUCCCAAGCCUCCCACACAUCGGUCUCACGCGCCGACGAACAAGUUGGCGCACGACGUCGGCAACGCCCCCGCCCACGGCACGGGGAAUCAGACAACCUCCUGCCGCCGUCCUUUUGUGGACGGUAUCAUGGAGACACCUCUCCCCUUUGGGUGGAAGCCUUUCCACCUCGAUCGCUACGACGACACAACCGACCCGGACGAGCAUAUCGAUCUAUACACCACCCAGGUAAGGGUGGAGUUGCAACUUGAAAAGAAAAGAGGAUCAAAGAUGGGGCUUUGGCAUACUGGUAGAAGCGUGGUGGAAAGACUCACACGUCAACAACAACACUCACUUCCCAUUCCCAUUCACCUCACCACAUCCUUGUUCCAUCACCUUAAUCUUCAUGAAGCCAGGAGAUUGCACGCUCUUCUUCUUGUCCUUGGUUUCUUCCAACCCACUUCUCCUCACACACCAUCCUUUGCUUCACACCUUCUCAAUGCCUAUGUCAACUUCGGUUCCCUCCGACACGCGUUUCUCACCUUCCGUGCACUGCCCCACAAGCCCAACAUUGCUUGGAACGCCAUACUCCGAGGUUUAGUUGGUGUUUCCCACUUCACCAAAGCCAUUCACUUCUACCACACCAUGAUCCAACAUGGGGUCACCCCUGACAAUUACACAUACCCCCUUGUCCUAAAGGCGUGUUCUUGCAUGCAUGCACUUCAAUUAGGAAGAUGGGUUCACGCUACCAUCUUGUACAAUGAACUGCACCGGAAAAUAAAGCCUAAUGUUUACGUUCACUGUGCUGUGAUUGACAUGUUUGUUAAGUGUGGCAGCUUGGAGGAUGCACGUAGCGUGUUCGAAGAAAUGCCGGAUAGAGACUUGGCUUCUUGGACUUCCAUGAUAUGUGGAACCAUGUGGAAUGGUGAGUUGCUUGAAGCUCUUUCGCUGUUCAGAAAGAUGAGAUCAGAAGAAGGGCUUAAGCCUGAUUCGGUGGUUGUAGCAUCUGUCCUAUCGGUAUGUGGCAGAUUGGAGGCUGUGAAAUUGGGGAUGGCAUUGCAAGGCUGUGCUGUGAGGAGUGGCUUUGAUAGUGAUUUAUACGUGUCCAACACUGUCAUAGACAUGUAUUGUAAAUGUGGUGAUCCACUUGAGGCCCAUCGGGUGUUUAGUCACAUGCUUUAUAGGGAUGUAGUUUCGUGGAGCACCCUGAUUGCUGGCUACUCACAAAACCGCCUUUACCAAGAGAGUUAUAAACUCUAUGUUGAAAUGGUAAAUGUGGGUUUAACAACAAAUGCGGUUGUUGCUACAAGUGUUCUUCCUGCUUUGGGAAAACUCAAGUUGUUGAAACCAGGGAAGGAAAUGCACAAUUUUGUUCUUAAAGAAGGACUAGUAUCUGAUGUUGUUGUAGGAAGUGCAUUGAUUGAUAUGUAUGCUAAUUGUGAGUCAAUAAAGGAAGCAGAGUCAGUAUUUGGGUGCAUGUCAGAUAAGGAUAUUAUGGUAUGGAAUUCAAUGAUAGUAGGGUAUAAUUUAGUUGGUGAUUUUGAGUCGGCAUUUUUUACCUUUAGAAGAAUUUGGGAAGCUGAACAUAGGCCAAAUUCCAUUACUUUAGUAAGUGUACUUCCUAUAUGCACCCAAUUGGGAGCUCUUAGACAGGGAAAGGAAAUCCAUGGUUACGUGACCAAGAGUGGUCUAGGAUUAAAUGUUUCUGUGGGAAACUCUCUGAUCGAUAUGUACAGCAAAUGCGGAUUUCUAGAACUCGGAGUGAAGGUCUUUAACCAGAUGAUGGAAAGGAAUGUCAUAACAUAUAACACUAUGAUCUCUGCCUGUGGAGCUCAUGGCCUAGGUGAAAAGGGUUUGGCAUUUUAUGAGCAAAUGAAGGAAGCAGGAAUUAGACCAAACAAACUCACUUUUAUUUCACUGUUAUCCGCAUGUAGUCAUGCAGGUCUUCUUGACAGAGGUUGGCUGUUAUAUAAUUCAAUGAUUAAUGAUUAUGGAAUUGAGCCAGAUACGGAGCACUACUCGUGCAUGGUGGAUCUUAUUGCUAGAACAGGAGAUCUUGAUGGUGCAUACAAGUUCAUCACAAAGAUGCCUAUGACACCAGAUGCCAAUGUCUUGGGGAGUUUACUAGGUGCUUGUCGACUUCACAACAAAGUGGAACUGGCUGAGCUUCUUACAGAGCGUAUUUUCCAAUUAAAUGCUGAUGAUCCUGGCCACUUUGUUCUUUUAUCAAAUUUAUAUGCCUCUGGGAAACGAUGGGAAGACAUGUCAAAGGUGAGAAGUAUGAUAAAAGAUAAAGGGUUGGAGAAAAAGCCAGGGAGUAGCUGGAUUCAGGUAGGCCAUUGCAUUUACGUUUUCCAUGCUACGAGCAGCUUUCAUCCGGCAUUUGCAAAGAUUGAAGAGACUCUGAAAAAUUUAUUGUUAGUGAUGAAAAGUGAAAACUAUAUGUUAACCAACGUUAAUGAUCAACUUAAGGUAAAAUGA